CACAGUUGAAGGUUAUGGUGUCAUUGCCAAAAAUCAAAACAAAGAAUUUAUUUUUAUAUAAAUACAUGUUAUACGCAUCUAGAAAGACAAUCAGUGUUUCAUUUCGCUAUAAUUGUAACUGGUAUGCAAUUGCGACUGAUUUUUGUUGAUAAUUAAUUCUAAUUGAAUUAACUGAGAAAAUGGUCAACAAAUUUGUAAUAUUUUUAACACUUCUUCACAUAGUAUUGAGCUAUAAACCAGUUAUAUUAUUACAUGGAAUUCUCACUGGAUUUGAGAGCAUGGAACUUAUUAAAGAGAGAAUUGAGAAGAAUCAUCCUGGUACCAUUGUUUACAAUAUUGACAGAUUUGGAGGCUGGUCUAGUCUUGAUAGUAUGUGGUAUCAAGUCAACAGGAUAAAUGAGAAUAUAAUAAAUAUUACAAUGGAGCAUCCGUCAGGCGUCCAUCUUUUAGGUUACUCCCAAGGUGCUCUUUUGGCAAGGACUCUGUUACAAGCUAAUCCUAACCAUAGCGUCAAUAAUUUUAUUUCACUUAGUGGACCCCAGGCGGGUCAAUAUGGAACUCAAUUUUUGCACUUAUAUUUCCCAGGGCUAGCUUUAGAGACGGCAUUUGAAUUGUUUUAUUCCAGAAUAGGACAGCACACAUCUAUUGGUAAUUACUGGAAUGAUCCCUACCAUCAGCCUUUAUAUUUCAGCUACUCUCAGUAUUUACCAUAUGUAAACAAUGAGAUUGAAUCAACUAGAAGCAAUGAUUUCAAAAAUGCUCUAACAAAACUAAAAUUGUUGGUUCUUAUUGGUGGACCUGAUGAUGAUGUGAUAACUCCAUGGCAAUCUAGUCAAUUUGGCUUUUACAACUCAAACGGUACUGUAGUAGAAUUUGUGGAACGUGACAUAUAUAAGGAAGAUAAGAUCGGCCUGAAAACUCUUAACAAAGAUAAUCGAUUGAAAUUAGUAACAGUGCCUGGGGUAAACCACUUUGGCUGGCAUAUUAACAUAUCAGUUAUUGACAAAUAUAUUGUGCCAUAUUUAGAUUAAUGCUAGUUGUCAGCUAGUGCUUCAAGGAACAAAAAAAUAAAAAUCUUAAAGAUCUCAUUUAGAAUUGCUUGUAAAAUUUGGAUGUGUUUUAUAGGAUUUGUUAUUGGUCACAAAACAAACCUGACGGGAUUAUUAAAAUUUCUUAUCAUGUAAAGCAAAUCUGGCAUUUGAUUGACCCAAAUGAAUGACAUAGAUAAUAGAAUUUGUAGUUAGUGGGGUCAAGACCCCUUACUAGCUUAACUGUUUUUGUAUAUUUAUUACAUAAAUAUAAAAAUAAAAU